CCGCGCCUCAUGCGCUACACGCUGACAUCGCUCUCGAUGAUGAUAGCUAUAGUGCUCCUCGCCGCCGUCGCCGCCGCGGCCGCGCAAAACAAGACAACACUCCCGAAGACGGAUGUUAACCCCCGACAGUUUCGCGUUGUCUACGAAUGGAACGCAAUCGAUUUCGAAUGGACGUCUCCAGAAGAUCGCGAGGCCUACCUCAAUACGAGCCAAUAUAUACCCCAAAACGUCCUAAUAUCUGGCAUAAACUUCUACGGCGAAAACUUGUUCCUGACUAUGCCGAGGAUGUUAGCCGGAGUGCCGGCGACGUUAGCGACAAUACCGAUACAGCAAGUAAACACGGCGCCGAAACUGAAGCCUUUCCCGAGUUGGGCCGAUAACGCCAUCGGUAACUGCAACGCUCUACAAUUCGUUCAAAACAUAGAAAUUGAUAGGAACGGUAUUAUGUGGAUUCUCGAUAACGGACGAGUGGGCACUCUUACCCAGAACCCUGACCCGAAGUGUCCUCCGUCAAUCGUGCUCAUCGAUCUUAAAUCUGAAAAACUUGAAAUGGAACGGAUUCCGUUCCCGCCAGAAACGGUUAAUCCCAACACGACUUACCUCAAUGAUCUCGUCGUAGACAAUCGAGACGGUGAUUACGCGUACAUAACCGAUAACAGUGCCGUGGAUCCAGGUAUAAUUGUCUUCCGCAGAAGUGACAAGAGAUCGUGGAAACUCCGUGACGGAAAAUCGAUGAGGGCCGCAAAUGACGCUACGUUCUUCCGCAUAAACGGCACAACGGUCAAUCUUCCGGUUAACAUCGACGGAAUAGCCUUAGGACCGCAAUAUGUGACGGAAGACGGUAAAGUAGACAGAAAAAUAUAUUAUAGUCCUCUUGCUAGUUUUCAUCUGUACGCCAUAAACGCGUCAGUUUUACAAAACGAAUCGCUCGCACCAUGGGGCGAUGGAGCUUUACAGCCCUACGUCAUUGAUCUUGGCACUAAAGCUUCUCAAACAGAUGGCAUGAAAAUGGAUUCAGCGGGCAACUUAUACUACGGCCUUUUAGGUAUUGCAUCGAUCGCUGAAUGGAAUUCAACGCUAGAUUUUCACGUCGGCCAAAGAACGAUUGCACGCGAUUCUAACUACAUACAAUGGGUGGACCGUUUCACUUUUGACGACAAAGGAAACGUUUACGUCAUAAUCAACAGGCUGUACAACUUCGUGAAAAAUCAGUUAUCUCUGGACGAAGUUAACUACAGAAUUUUGCGAUCGCACACGGGAUCGAAAAGCUACGUAUUCGGGGAAGACGUGACGCCGGUAAUGAAGCCGGCUUACGACGCAGCAACGGUUCCAACCCUGGGAGCGUCGCUGUUGGCACUUGCGCUAGCACACCUGCUUGCUUAGUCUCCGCGGAGUUUCUAGGUCGCGGUCCCCUCUCGACCCAGACCCUGAAAGACCGUAUUCACUUCGCAGCGCUCGGACUGACGCGUAAUAUUACCAAAAAUUAAGAGUUACCUUGAUCUAACGGUCAUUCCAGUGAUAAUGCACGUGUAGAUAGAUAAUAAAUUAACAUAACUACAUAGCGUUUCAUAGGCAUUCGAUCAGAGUUUGAGCUAUGAGACCUUUGGAGUAUUGGGUCACGAUGCAAUGAAGACGAGUUGGGAAUGUACGAAAGGUCGGGGUCGUAUUGCCAAAUGUCGCAAGUAAGCUCAAUAAAAAACAUUCCAUUGAUUUCUAUAAAAAACGCCUUCCAUAUUUAUUUGUGAGAAUCCGAAUAUUAGGUAAUAAUAUAUUUUGUUAUAAUCAACCAGAAUAAUUUAAGCGAAACGAUCUCUGAGAUCAUCAGUGUAGAAAAUUUAAACAAGUAAGACGCAUGUGUAUAUUGAAAUAUAAAUAAAAAUUGUCUAGUAAUGUAUGGGUAUUUAUAUGUAGAUCUUUAUUGUUAAUACUAAACUGUGUAAUAUGCAUUCGUGUUAUGCUUAUAAAAGUAUGGUUGUUGUGAGAAUGGAAACGUGUUUGAAUUAUUGAAUAAACGUGUUUAUC